GCUCGGUUCACGUCCGCUGACUAUAGUUAUUUAUGCGCCAUUACCAGCAGGUGAAUUUGGAAAACUGACCAGGGAAGAAACUGAGGCUGGUACCGGCAGAGCUGGAAAUAACUGAAGAACACAGAUAAGAGGACGAGAAGAACAUGUGAACUGGGAACAGGAGAACAAGGAAGAGGACUCGGGUGCAAUAGGGACAGACCAGGUGUGAUGAAAUAGUCAUGAGGAGAGGCAGAGUCUAGCUUGAGUUACACCUGCCGGUCCUAAAGUAAUGAGGAAAGAGCGAGAGAAAGAACGCCACAGAGAUGGGCAGAAGGAGGAGAGAUACAAGACGCUGGCAAGGGCAUUCGUGAAGUCUUGGGAGCACUGAGAAGACACAAGCAACAGCUCUAGAACAAAGCGUGACCUCUGAGAGAGGAACUGAAGAUCUGCAAUCUGAAGGAGCAGUCAGACCUAUAGUCAGACCUAAAGCAUGACUCGACUGGAACCGGCUCUCCAGCGCUCAGAAAGUCGCUCUGUGAUAGAAACGCAGAGCAGGAGAGAGAGCGCCAACACAAGCAGAAGAGGAAGCAUCAGUAUGAGCAGAAGAGAAAGUGUCAGCCAACACACAGAGACUAGAAGAGAACCAGAACAAAGUGGUGGCCGUGCCAUUUUUAAGAGAGCCAAUCGCUUCCUCUCCCGAGACCGGGAAAAAGAAGAUGGCAGUCCUCCUGCUCCCUUGCGCCACUACGAGAGAGGCCACCCUCUUCCGGCCAACCACAGCCCUGAGCGCAAAGCCACCAUCCCCUACCGAAAUCGUGACCUGGGCCUCCCGUCCCAUAGGAGGCGCUCCGACAAUCUCAGCGAUGAGGCAAUGAGCGGCCUCUCCCCCCAGCGACACAUGUCCUAUUCAAAUUUCAGACGUGGAGACAGUCAAUCUCGCACAAGCCCUCGUUCCUGCAGCCCGAGAUCUACAAACAUCUCGCCACAAAGGCGGGGGGAAUCGCGCAGCUCAUCCCAUCGCCGAGGUUCCACAACGCACGGUCAUCGCACGUCCUCACAACAUGCUUCUGGGAAAUGCACUCCGUCACGAACAAGAGAUUCGGUAGUUACGCGCACCACAUCCCCCUCGCGAAGCUCAGGUACGAAUAAAUAUGCAGACUCCUUUAGUCCCGCCCACAAAAGAAGCCCCUCCCAGAGUUCUUACGGGCACAGCUUGGAUUCUGAAAAGCUGUAUAAGAAUCUCAAGUCAAUCGCGAGUUCAGCAGAGUCAGACGCCUCCGAAGAAAGGAACAGCUGGUCAAAAAGUUUACAUUCUGAUAUGGAAAUCGACGGCGAUUAUAACGAACGCAACCACAGCGGUCGCAGCAGUCGAAAGAGUGGUGGCCGCAAUACUGGCUACAACAGCAGGGAUUUCUCUCCAAACGGAGGCAAUUGUGAAGUAAUUCGAAGUCGAAAUAGUGGUUUUAAUAGUCGCAACAGCAGAAACAGUGGUUCUAACAGUGCUGGUACCUCAACACCUUAUCGAGAUUACGAUGAACAUGGUACUCUAAAAAACAGCAAUUCAAAAAAUAAGAAUCGCAAGAAUGGCGUAUACUCAGAAACCUCUGACAAACAGUCCAGAUCUGAUUCGCGUCAAUCACUAAGCCCCACCCACUCCCCUCUAAGCCCCACCUCACCUGCAUCAACACCAAAUAUCUCCCAAUCAAGGCGGAGUCGGAAUCAGGUGCCUUCCCCUGAUUUGCCCAAAUCCCAAGCCUUAAUUGCUGAGACGGACAAGCCGGUCGCUGAUAGGAGCAGAAGCAACAUCAGGCGGGGCUUGGAGGCACUAAUUCUUUCAGAGAACACCAGGUCUUCCAGCCAACCAGCAGUGCCAGAGAUGACCAUUGAGGACUAUGUAAUCAUAGCAGACAUUCCCCGAACAAAGCAGUACCCUGAGGAAGAAGAAGCAAUAAUAGUGAGGAGGAGACCACAGAGCAGGAGCCCACGACGAGACAAUCAACACAGCUAUGGGGAUGGGAGAUAUGGCAAUGAGCAUGAGGUUUCAGAAGAGCGAGGCAGAGGAAGAGAAAGAGAGAGAGGAAGAGACCGGAAAGAGAAAGAGCGGAGACGUCUAGACAAAGAGGGAGGUUCAUCAAAGACCAACAGCACUACAUCAGGCCAUUCACAGAGGUCCAGUAAAAAAGCAGAGAACAUUAGGACGGUAAACGGAGGACACAAAGGUCCAGAACAGCCCCCUCAGAUGCAGAUCGCCGUGCAAAUACGUUUGAUGACACAACGUAGGCUACUAAGCGAGAAUUGAGCAACUAAACCAGUUUCUUCCCUCUUUCAUGCCAACAACCGGAUACCCAUGUCGCUUGACCUUCUGAACUGUAAAAAGGGAUGGAUGUAUUUGUUGGAUGAAGAUGAAGAGUGGAGGAAGCACUGGUUUGUGAUCACUGACUCAGAACUGAGAUACUAUAGAGACUCUGAUGCUGAAGAGAGAGAUGAGGCAGAUGGUGAGAUUUAUUUACAUCACUGUCUGCGAGUGGAGGAAUUUGAUGCCGACAAAAACUAUGGACUUCAGCUGCAUAUGCAUGAUGGACUGGUGACCCUGUCAGCGAUGACCUCCAGAAUCAGGAGGAACUGGAUCGACACACUGAGGAGGAGGAUCUCCUUCAGGGAUUCAGCUGAAAGCAUCCAACACCCAGACAACAGUGACAUCAGCGACAGAGAGAACUCCAGUUCCCAGAAUGCACCAUCUCGAACCUCUCCCGCACCCCAUGACCCAGGGUCAGAUGUCGUCGGUCCAUAUCAAGAUGAAACCAGCACGAUGUCCUCACCUUUAACCAAUCGGAGGGAGGCAGGCGAGGGCCGUGACCGAGAUCACGAAAGACGUCUGGAGGACCGAACCAAGUGGUUCCAGGAGGGAAUAUCCGACAGGGAGGGCGAGGACCCCUGGGAAAAGGUGGAGUUGAAGAAAGGUGCCACUCCGGUGGUUCUGACCAAGCCAAGGGUUCCUGACGCUCAGACGGUGCCGGACAUUGAGAGGAAGUGGGCGGACUUUGAGCAGCUUCCUAUCGGAGAGAACAGGUCACCUGUUGGUUCCCAGAAUCCACAGGCGACGAAUGAGGUGCUUCAGCGAGAGGUGGUGUAUCUGAGGCAGCAGAUCGAUGCGCUUCGUCAGAUGCGUGUGGCGGCCGGUGUCGUGGGUCUCUGUGGUCCUGACGCGCCUUGCGCUCUGAGACUGGAGCAGAUGGAGAGAGAGCACAGAGAGAGACUGAAGGAGAUACACAACGAGCACGAGAGAGAACGCAGAGAGAUGGAGAGAGACAAACAGAGACUGUUGCAAGAGGAAGCCAAAAAUACUGUUCAGGCUAUGGAGGCUCUGAGGAAAGCUCAUCAAGAGGAGAUUGAGAGACUGAAGGGUCAUGGAGGAGGAGAGCCAACAGACCCCUCCGUCAAACAACAGCUACACGAGUCGCUCUCUCUGCAGCGGGAGCUGGACGGUCUGUCGGAGCGUUAUUCCCAGCAGUGUGUGGAGCUCAACCGCAUCCAGAACAGCACUGAAGAUCGAGAUGGACAGAUCCGACAGAAGGAGAGAGACAUGGAGCAGCUCCGCCAGGAGAACCAGGAACUGCAGGCGCGUCUGACAGAGGAGAUAAGUCUCAUGCGAUCCUUCAUCACAGGUCAAAGGUCAGGAGUUGUCCCCCUUGGCAGCUACGAAAGGAGCACCUCCGAAUUAGAGAUGUUGCUGAAAGUGAAGGAGAGUGAGGUGGAGUAUCUUCACAAGGAGAUCAGCUGCCUCAGGAAAGAGGUCCAAACUCUAACUAAGGAGAAUGAAGCGCUGAGCGAGCGCUAUAAGGAGGUGUAUGUUGAGCUGAGUGAAUUAAGGGGUCGCAGUGAGAGAGACAUCAAUGCACUUAAAGAACACCUCAAACUCACUGACGCUGCGCUGGAGGAGGGGCGUCUCCUAGGCAACCGCAGCACCGACCAAUGAGAACUCAGCAGGAGCUCAUAAGAACAUUAGAGUAACAUUGGGAUGCAUUGGUUUUGGCCACAUAUAUACAAGAUAUUGUGUUAUGUGGAGGAUUUUUUUUUUUUGGUUAAUUUAAAAAGCUUUUUCUUUAGAAACUACAAUGGUGCUAAAAAUGAAUAAAUAUUCCAUAUUCUUAAAGCAAGAUAUAUUUUAAGUUAAAUGCAAUAAAAAUUUAAAAAAAAAAAAAAAAAAAAA